GAUUGUUUGUUUCUGAUCUCCGACAGCAGGGGAGUGGAUCAGCGACGCUUCAGAGUGUUGGACGUGGAUGCAAAAGGUAAUCUAUAUCUUUACAAGACGGCGUUGCUCUGCAAGAACGAAAUUAUCAAACGGUUGAGAAAUGGGACGUACAGUUUGGCAGAGCAGACAGAACUAGGAUUGUCAAAAGACUUAGCAGUGCUGAACUGUAAGGUGCUCAAAAAGAAGUCCCCAUACGCCGUGUCAGGCGUUUAUUGGAUAGAUCCUGAUGGCGGUUCCCGUAGCAACGCUUUCCAGGCCUACUGCGACCAGCAAACGGAUGGAGGGGGUUGGACAUUGGUUUACAGCUAUACCUUUACCGAUUACUCACAUUUCAAGGCUGCAUCAAACGCUGUCAUCCCGCGUCCAUCCUGGUCAGCGGGCGGCUCCAACGUCCGAGUGUCCAAAACAGUUCCACUGAGCGAGACUCAAUACGAGGCCAUGGACUUUUCUUUGUGGCGCAGCAUUGGUGAGGAAACCCUGAUCAAGAGCAAUAUCAACAACUGGUUCGCAUGCAAGGAAGGUUCUGGUAGCAUAGUGAAACAGAAGAAGGGGUCGCUUUCUUGUAAACUGGUGAAGCAGGUUGCUAAGAACUGCGGUGGAGCGGCACCAAAUACCUGGAAGUUUUAUGGGUAUGGACCUUCCUUCGGCGGAGGUCAAUUCUAUUAUUUUGAUGGGAGCACAAAUAGCAAUUGGCCUACCCAUGAUCCUUGUGGAAGAUAUCGAGCAGACCACUUGAGAAACGUGUCAAACCCGCACGGAAACAUUUUCAUCCGUUGAAAGCAUGUGAAAGUUUUCCAGCACUUAGGAGUGCCGAUUUUGAUUUUGUAAGCGGCAUCAAUGAAACCUUCUGCCUAGAAGUUUCGAAG